GACACUUAUCUGAGGUCGUCUGCUGGUCUUUCACGCUACUGAAAAUGUCCAAACUACAGGUGUUGAAUGCGUUUCUUACUCAGAAAUUAACAGCGGUGGCUGUGGAGAUAUUUGGGGCAGUGGAGAAAAUGAUAACAGUGUACGAGGAAGAAAUGUCCCGCUCAAAUGAGGAGAGCAAACGACUACAAAGACUACUGGAUUCGGUUUACAAACCAGAGAUAAGAUUACAUGAAACAGAACCCCAGCAGCUCACUGUCCCAGUCCCUGAGGAGGUUCCCUCUGAGCAGCAGCACUGUGAGCAGGAGUGCAGCCCAGGUCUGGAGCAGGAGGACUCAGACCCUACACAGAUUAAAGAGGAACAGGAGGACCCAGAUCACACACAGAUUAAAGAGGAACAGGAGGAGAUCAGAACCAGACAGGAGGAAGAGCAGCUUCAGGGGCUGGAGUCUGAUAUCAAAGAGUUCAUAUUCACUCCUUCCUGUGUGAAAAAUGACUGUGAUCAGGACCCCCCUCAGCCCUCACAUAUUUCCCAAACCCUAACAAUGCAGACCAGAGAGAGGGACUUAGUAUGCAUCAGCACAACUACAGAGAUGGAAACUGAACCUGAUGGCGAGGUUUACAGAGGAACAGAAUCAAACAGUUACUCUCCACCCGUCCCUGUAGUAAAUGGAGCUCAAUGUGAAGUCAGUGAAAAUGUUAACGGGGGGGUGCCAGUGUUAAAGCUACUACCAGUGUUAAAGCUACUCAAAUCAAAGAGAAUGUGGACAAAUGAGAGACAAAAUUCCAGUACCUCUGCAGAGGGCUGGAAAACCGAUGCGAUGACCAAUCAGAAAUCAUCCAGUCAUGGCAAUGCUGCUCCUUGUUGCAAAGUGUGUGGGAAGUCUUUUAAAUUUCUGGUGGCUUUAAUUAAUCAUGCGCAAACAGUACAUGCAAAUGAUGCAAAACAUAUGUGUGGUGUGUGUGGAAAAAACAUGAACUCUUCUCAAUGUAUGAUAGAACACCAACAAUCUCACAUUGCAGAAAAACCUUUUUGUCAUAUUUGUGGCAAAUGUUUCCAUUGUAAUGCUAAACUGAGAACGCAUAUGCGUGUCCACACAGGAGAGAGACCAUAUUGGUGCCAAAAAUGUGGCAAAGGCUUCAGGCAGCAGCAAAACCUGAAAGAGCAUAUGAGGACUCAUACAGCGGAGAAACCGUAUCGGUGCGAAGAAUGUGGCAAAUGCUUCAAACACUCGAGCAGCCUGACCGUGCAUAUGAGGAACCACACGGGGGAGAGACCAUAUAAGUGCCAUUUUUGUGAGAAAUCCUUUGUCUCAGCAAGUAAACGAAGUCUCCACCAACGGAUUACAUUGGAAAGAACUGGAAACUGUUUCAGUGCAGCCAGUGCAGCAGAAGCUUUAGUCAUGUGGGGACCCUGAGAAAGCACAUGAAGAACAUGUACAAACAGUGCCCCCAAUUCCAAACCAACACCGCACCCCAAGCGACUCACGUUGCGUUCCUUCCAAUGUCACAUGUUGCUGAACUUAGAGGGUCACUUUCAGAAUGGAGAUUGUAAUUAGCCCCUAACCCCUCAAGAAUUUUCACUGAUUCAUCUUUGGGAGAACAAUAAUCUCCUGCAGUGAUCAUUCAGUGACAGAAGACAUGUAAUGUACACAGAACCAUGUAGUGUGAUACAUUUAAAUCUUAUCCAGAGUGACUUACAUUUAUUGUGUUCAUCUUAAGGCAAGGUUUCCCAAAGUAGGUCCUAGGCCUCCCCGAGUGCACACUUGUUUUUUUGCUUAGCACUACACAACUGAUUUCAAAUCAUCAAAGUUUUAUGAGGUGUUGGUUAUUUGAAUCAGCUAUGUAGUGCUAGGGGGAAGAAAAUAAAAAAAUGUUCACCCAGGAGAAACCCUUUGAGAAACCCUGUCUUAAGGGAACUAGGUGAGACAAGACUAUAUAUCACAGUCGUAUAGUAAAAGAAAAAUAUAUAUGUUUAAAUAAAUAAAUGCAUAUAGUGACCACUGAAUUGCUGUUACUGUAGGAUAGACAGUCCUACACCCUUCCACAUUCUGUGAUAAUUUAUUUUUGAAUUCAUUGUUUGUCCAUAUAUUCUCAGCUUGGUAGACAAAAAACAAUCUGUGCUGUCAUGUAGGAUGUUUAGGAUGUUCAUGUAACGGUGUUGUUAUUGAGGCAUAGUUUUACUUUGUCUGUAAUAUCUCUGCUGUGAGAAAAUUGAAAAUAAGUUUAAAAAAAUAAGUGCUCUCCUUUGUCUUUUGCCGCCAUGCAGCUUAGCAAAUGUUAAAAUAAAAUAGAUAUUGAAUUGAAAUAAUAAAAAAUAUAUAUGUUUUGG